AUGCGUGAAUCAGAAAUGCUCGAAGAAAUAAGUCAGCUGCAUGGAGAAGAUAUAUGGCAAAGCAUGUCUUGUUACUACGGCGAUGUGAGAGACACGUACGAGUUCAUCACAUGGUUAUUAGUAGUGGAUGGAUGUUCUAUACUUCAUUUGUUGGAAAAAUCAGGAGACUCAGUUGAUCCCCAUCGAGAACUAAAGAUUAGCGUCGACAAGCUUGUGCGGAUGUACGAGGAUCUUCUUGUCAUGGACAACCAAAUUCCUUUUCAAGUGCUGAGGCUCUUUUGCAAAGAUGAAGCCAGGCUUGAGAAAUGCCUCCACACCUUCCUUCAAGUUCAUGGUGUUAAGACGGCACCCGAGCUCGGAAAGGGAAAGAAGACCACACAAGAAGCAGCACAAGAACUCAAACUAGUUGUCCAGGGAGAUUAUGAUCAAAACAGAGAGGAUCCUGUCCAUCUUCUAGAUUAUCUACGGAGGGCCCUCUUGAUGAGAGACCUCGACACAAUCCAUAAAGAGAUUCCGGCGGCCGAGAUGAAGAUCAAGAGGAGAUCCUUGCACCUUACAAAGUAUAGGAUUGGAAGCAUACGAGAACUCAAGGCAGCUGGGAUUAGUUUGAGAAGACAUUCGGCUGGAAACUCGAUCUAUCCCAGCUUCAAAGAUGGGAUAUUACAUCUUCCAGAGCUAGUUGUGGAUGGCACAAUGCCUCAUAUAUUCCUCAACCUAGUAGCCUAUGAGAUGACUCAUUUUCACAGCGACUUUGAGAUCAGUUCAUAUUUAGUUCUCCUGAGCUCUCUUGUUGACCAGCCGGAGGACGUGAAGGAGCUGAGAUUGGCUGGCAUACUUAUCAAUGAACUUGCAAGUGACAAAGAAGUGUCUGAUCUGUUCAAUAAGAUGGACAUUAUUUUGGUGCCUGAGACGCCGUGGUUUGCUAACAUCAGAGACCAAAUCCAUUCACAUUUUGAGUCCAAACGAGGCAGGAUCAAGAUUCUGACUUGGAUGGGAGAGGCCUAUAACACCUUUUUUCGCUCGCCAUGGACCAUCAUUGCUUUGUUGGCUGCCACACUUGGCCUUGUUCUCACAUUUAUCCAGACAUGGUUUGCCAUCCACCCUAAAGCUUCAUAA